AUGCUCAAACGAACGCUCCUCGCUCGGGCGAAGGUGCCAAAGCCCAUUAUCGCCCCCUCCGCCUCAAUACACCAUUUCAGCCGCAACAACUCUCGACCGUGUCCGACUCUGCAUGGAAAAGAGCGAAAUAUAAGAUUUAUCUCUUCCCAUUUGGGCCGUACGGACCCUCCAUCACUGUCAGAACCAGGAGUUACAACUCCAGAGACGAAAGAGCCUGCAAGUGUCGGUAAUGUCUCGAAACCCGUCGAGACUGCAAGCAGAGCAGUCGAAGGAGAAACAUCGUCUUUACCUUCAUCAUCUACAUUUGGAUUCCUCGAACUGCUGCCAGCGUGGAAAGAUCUUCCCGUAUCACCCGCCGUCCUCGAACGACUCGCAGCGAGCUUUCCUCAUAUCACCACCCCAACCCCCGCUCAACGGCUGUUCCUUCUCUCUGUACUAUCCGGGAACGAGGUGUAUCUGAAAGAUGGCAUGGGGAGAGGAAAAACGCUCUCUAUAUCACUUGCUGCUUUGCAACUAGCGUUGGAUGCACAGGCCAAGAGCAAGAAGGCAGGGUCAGGGCCUAGCAUAAUACUUGUCGUCCCCUCGCCUCACUUGGCUCAUCAGAUCUGUGAUCAUCUCACUAAACUAUGCCCUCCGCUCAAAUCCCCCAACGACCCUCUACCUUUCGCUUUAAUCACCCCCGAAAUUACCCCCAAAGGCGAAAGUACCCCACUCAGACAACUCCCCGAUUUUCCUAUUGUGGUAGGCACUGCCAAGGCUUUCUAUCAAUAUAAUCUUGAAACGCCUGCCCUCACGCACGUCUUCUUGGACGAGCCAGACACCAUGGUCGGCCCUAUCCCCUCCCGCUUCGCCAAAUCCAUCCAUACCCAGCCCCUCAUCCGCCACCCACCUCCAAUCGUCCAUGUAGUCACUUCCCUGCUCCGGAUAGGCAUCGACCGAGAUGGGCAGCUAGACUUUUCUGAGCGUCGCAAUGGUGUCAACAUGGUCAUGACCAGCGCGACAAUCCAGAAAGAUUUCAAGCGAUUCUGCAAGACGCGCGGAUGGAUACGGAGAGGGAACGCUGUGGUGGAUCUGGAUUUCUCUCUUGGGGCGUCAGAACAACGGCGAGCGUUCAGAGAGCGACUGCUUGCGGUCAUAGGCUCGCCGCCUGGUACGGACCCCAUUGCUGCCGCCCGAGCAGAGCAGCAUCAGCCCGAGCAUCAUGUGCUUUUGAUUGAUGGAGUCACGGGCGAUCUCGUCCCGCUGGACCCUUCAGGUCCUCCCGCAGGACUGAAUCCUUUACCGGCGUCUUCACAGAGACAAAACACCCUACCAUCUUAUAUGGUAGAGUCUCUCGCCCUACUUCACUCUACCUCGCCUCCGCCACCAGGGAAAUACGUUCUUGCCCUCCCGCCGCAAGAAAUCAGUCUACCCGAGCUGGGCAGGGAAUUAGCCUCCCUUGGUAUCCCUACUUCUAUCCUCACGCCCGAGGCACUUCAAGUCGGUAUCCCAUCUUUCCCCUCUGAUAUACUUCCACCAAUCUUCUUGGCGGCACGUUCUUCCGUGCCAGGGCUUCACCUCCAAGAUUUGUGGAACAUCUACCUGCUGAACGGGCUGGAUAUCGGGUCGUUGACGCCUUCGCAGCGAAAGAAUAAGGGAGAGGUUGAGAGGGUGGUGUUCUAUGAUACGGCUGCGGGCCGUCUAGGGAGGCUGGGGACAGAUUCAACAGCGGGCACGGAAGGGGAGAGACAGAAGGUUGUCAGUCUGGUGAUGGCUGGGGGACAGGAGGAAACGUGGCUCUCAAGAUUAUUCUCUGGAGAGUUGGAAAGGGAAGUCUCCGAAAACUCCCAAAAAGAGAAGACGGAUAAAAAGAGGAUGCUGAAGCAGUGGGAUAUGGAGGUGCUGAAUGCAGCCGUGGAACACGAGCUGGGGACAUUGUAG